AUGACGUUCAACAUCACAAUUGGUCCAAGUCCGCACGACUCGGACGACUCCGCCUUCACCGACGAAGAAGAUUCAUCGGGAGUGCAGGUCUCGCCACCUUCCGAACCUGAAAGCCAUGGGUAUCACGAUCCAUACGAUGAAUGGACGAACCUGCCCUAUCCAGAUGAAUUGAAGCCAUCUGACUCAGCCUCUCGAAAUCGAACAUCUUAUCGUACCAGGACUCGCAACCCAAUCCAUCCGCCUUCCACAUCAACAAGCCGCCGACGGUCAACGAGGCGUCAGAUUGUCCCAGAACGAGAGUCCUUCCGUCGCCGACCCCGCCGUCAUCCUUCGCCAGAAUCACCGGAAAGUAUGGAUUCGGCUGAGGAGUAUGGGGACCCGUAUCGGCGCAGAUCCCAAGAACGAUACUGGCCACCUGUCGCUCAAGGCUCGGCUUAUGCACACAGCUCAUCCCCAGGUCCAUCAUACGUUUAUCCACACGGUACAGUACCACACACUCCAUACAUACCGCCAACAGGCCAACAUACACCUUCGGACCAAUUGGUUCGAGUCGGUGCUCACAGCCAGGUUGGGCCGCCAAAUCAGCCAAAUCAAUAUGGUCAUCCGUUUUACGGAUACAGUCCUCAUUUGCAACAACCUCAUGGCCCACCUGUCUCUCAAUUCUAUAUGCACGAUCACCAUCCCGGAAACCAUGGACAUGCGCUUACCACAAGCUCUCAUCGAAGUGAUGGGCACAAUCCACCUCAGCAUCCUUUUCAACCCUCCGGUCCUUCUCACGGUGCUCCGCCAUAUGGUGGAUCUCAGAUGAAUCAUGAUCUGGUUCCAUAUGGCGCAGGAGGAUUUUACCCUUUCCGUGAGCCGUAUGCCAUGGUUCCUGGGAUGAUGUCGCCCUAUUUCAACCCUUAUGCUCGUGCGACAUCUCCUCCAAGUCAAAGUGGAUCCGCUGGAGCACCGGUUUCCCCAGACCCAGCGCCCGCGCCACCACCUGUAGAUCCUGUUAAGGACGAGGCGAUUGCCAGACUCGAGAAAUUGAUUUUGGAUGAGAGAACCGAGCGAGAAGCCCGGGAUGCGCGUGAAGCAGCCCGUCAGGCUGCCGCCGAAGCGGAGGCAGCUGCGGAGGCUGAGAAGAAGAAACGUGCUGCACAUGAGAAAAAACUCGUCGAGGAAGCUGCCGCACGCGCUAAGGCCGAGGCAGAGCAGAAAGCCGCUGAUGAAGCAGCACAGGCAAAGAAGGAGGCAGAAGAAGCUGCGACGAAGGCCGCCGACGAAGCUACGGAAAAGGCCACAGCUGACGUGCAAGAUAAAAUUGCAGCUGCAGUGGCUGCUAAUAAGCCUCCGGAUAAGAAACAACCCAUUAAAUUCAAGGAUGCUCUUGGCAGAAAGUUCAGUUUUCCGUUUGAUUUAUGUUGCACUUGGAAGGGAAUGGAGGAGCUUAUAAAGCAAGCUUUUCUUCACAUUGAGGUGAUAGGGCCUCAUGUCGCAGAGGGACACUAUGACUUGAUUGGCCCCAAUGGCGACAUCAUACUCCCGCAAGUCUGGGAGACCGUCCUUGAGCCCGAUUGGAGCAUUACUAUGCAUAUGUGGCCGAUACCAGAGAAGCCAAAGGAAGAACCAGGCACUCCUGUAGAUGGCGGCCCUCCUGCACCGCCAGCCGAAGCCGCAGCCGCUGAUGCGCCGAAGAAGCCAGGUCCUAAAAAACCGCGACCAAAGCCUGGCGACCCUAGCCCAUUUGCCAUGUGGAUGGUUGGAGGCCCCAACCGUUUCAAGAAGCAGGCUUUAAAAGUGGGAAAAAAGCCUAAAGCAGCUGAUUACGCCGUAAUGGGCCAUGCUGUCUGA